UAAAAGCCAAGCUCCCGACUGUUUCCCUCUUCCAGCGAACCCCUAACCGUACCAGUUUGUGGGGGGUGUCGUUCCCCGGUUUCGCAAAUUUCAGCACACUGUACCACUCCGAUCGAGAGUUUCUCUAAUGGCGGACGCUACUACUCAACAGAGCAGCAGAUCAAGGGACCUUGAUAAGCUUCUUCUCAGGCCAGGGCAUCUCGUCGGUCCCGCCUUCGAACCAGGCACCGAAUUGAGGGACGAUCUUCAAAAGUAUGUGCGAAUUUUGGUUGUUGGUGCUGGUGGAUUGGGAUGUGAACUGCUAAAAGACCUCGCACUAUCUGGUUUUAAGAAUCUUGAAGUUAUAGAUAUGGACAGAAUUGAAGUAUCCAACCUUAAUCGGCAAUUUCUUUUCAGGCUUGAGGAUGUUGGGAAGCCAAAAGCAGAAGUGGCUGCUAAACGUGUGAUGGAAAGAGUUAGCGGCGUAAAUAUUGUGCCACAUUUUUGUCGAAUUGAGGACAAAGAGCUUGAAUUUUACAGUGAAUUCAGUAUUAUUGUGCUUGGUCUUGAUUCCAUUGAAGCUCGAAGUUACAUAAAUGCGGUGGCUUGUGGUUUUCUAGAAUACGACUCUAAUGACAACCCACAAGAACAAACUAUGAAGCCUAUGGUAGAUGGUGGAACUGAAGGUUUCAAGGGUCAUGCAAGAGUUAUUUUACCUGGGAUGACACCAUGCUUUGAGUGCACCAUUUGGCUUUUUCCUCCACAGGUUAAGUUUCCUUUAUGUACGCUAGCAGAAACUCCAAGAACCGCAGCUCAUUGCAUUGAAUACGCUCACCUAAUUAAAUGGGAUGAGGUGCAUAGUGGAAAAUCUUUUGAUCCUGAUAACCCUGAACAUAUGCAGUGGGUAUAUUUAGAGGCUGCCAAGAGAGCAGAACUGUUUGGCAUUCCAGGAGUCACAUAUUCUUUGACACAGGGUGUGGUGAAGAAUAUUAUACCUGCUAUAGCUUCUACAAAUGCGAUAAUAUCAGCUGCAUGCGCUCUUGAAACUUUGAAGAUUGCAUCAGGAUGCAGCAAAACGUUAUCAAAUUAUUUAACGUAUAAUGGUGUUGAGGGCCUCCAUACUAAAGUCACAGAGUUUGUAAAGGACAAAGACUGUCUUGUUUGUGGUCCUGGCAUAUUAAUUGAGCUGGACACUUCGGUCACCUUGAAAAUGUUCAUUGAUCUAGUUGAAGAUCACCCGAAACUACUUGUGUCCGGAGCAAGUGUGACACACCGAGGGAAAAAUCUAUACAUGCAGGCGCCUCCAGUACUAGAAGAGAUGACUAGAUCAAACCUCAGCCUACCAUUAUUCGAGUUGAUGGACAAAUUUCCAAAAGGUGUCGUGCAUGUGACUGGAACGGCUGGCAAGGGUGACAACAGGCAAUCUUGCUUGAGAAAACUGCGUGUUGCGUUUAAGGGCGUUGAUGGAAUCACGGAUACGGACAUGGCUGGUGGAGCAUAGGGUUUCUGUACUUUGGUAUCCAAUUUUUGGGUGGUUGAAAUGGUUCGUUGACCAUUGGAAAUAGAAUGUUAAUCCCCUGGUUAGAUGUUAUUUAUUAGCCAAGAUUCCUGAAACAUAUAACACCUCACAAAUCCACAUCUUUUGUAUUUGUGUACCCUUGUAAUAUCGACUUUGGGCACCAUCCAUUAUUUGGGGUCACUUACAUUAUAUUCCAAUUGUGCAUUUUGCC